CAGGGAGGGCCGUGUGCGUCCUCAUUUGGUUUUUUGGUAGACGAGCAGUCAGUCAGAGUCUGCCUGUCAGCGGGACCUGAGCGCUCCGAGCAGGACAGGAGGUGCGGGCUAAAAGCGCACCGGCUCGGCGCAUGUAUUCGCUCAUUUUUCUUUCUCGUCUUCUUCUCCGCUGCGCCUCUCAUCGGAUGCUGGAUGCUAUCCAUCCCCGCGUCAAGAAUACACCUCUGACGGACAAACCAUGGACAGUCUAGGGAGCCGUUGUAAGAUUGUGGUGGUCGGGGACACACAAUGUGGGAAAACCGCACUCCUGCACGUUUUUGCCAAGGACUGCUAUCCAGAGAACUACGUGCCCACGGUGUUUGAGAACUACACGGCCAGUUUUGAGAUAGACAAGCACCGGAUUGAGCUGAAUAUGUGGGACACGUCAGGUUCCUCUUACUACGAUAAUGUGAGGCCGCUGGCAUAUCCUGAUUCAGAUGCGGUUCUCAUUUGUUUCGACAUCAGCCGCCCAGAGACUUUGGACAGUGUCAUAAAGAAGUGGCAAGGGGAGACGCAGGAGUUUUGUCCUAACGCCAAAGUGGUGCUGGUGGGCUGCAAGCUGGACAUGAGGACAGACGUCAACACCCUGAGGGAACUCUCCAAGCAGCGCCUCAUCCCCGUCACCCACGAGCAGGGCACCACGAUAGCUCGACAGAUCGGAGCGGUGGCCUACGUGGAGUGCACCUCCAAGGUUUCAGAGAACAGCGUUCGAGAUGUGUUCCACGUCACCACGGUGGCAUCGGUGCGGCGGCCGCUCAAGCCGCAGCUAAAACGCAGCAGUUCCCGCAGAGGCCUGAAGCGAGUGUCACAGCUCCCCUUGCCUCCCCUGCCGGGUCGGACUGAACAAAUGGACCAGGCGCCGGCCAUGAGGAAGGACCGGGCCAAGAGCUGUGUGCUCAUGUAGAGACCCAUCAGUAUGAAAAAUAUAUAUGUAUAUACAUAAACACAGAAAUAUAUAACAGAGGAAGUCUAUUUAUUGUUUUGUUUUUUUGUCGUUUUUUCCCCCUCGUAUCUUCAUUUUUUGCACUGCAAAGGAGGGAGGAAAUAAGAAACACGGCUCUGUGGAAAGAAAUGCUUUGUUUUUUUGUUUUUUUUUCCUUUUUUUGUUGCGUGUGUUCAUAUUUUCUAAGCUGUUUACGUAUUCGUUGUUUUGAAAUGAUGACAAAUUGGACUAACCCUCUGGAUAUGAGGAAGCUGUGAUAGUGGAAGUCUCGGGUAUUAAAGAGGAAUUAAUUUCCUGAAACCGCUCUAAUAAGAGGAAGGCGCUGCGGCGAUGCUGAGGAGAGUGAAGUGCAUGUGAGGAGUACCAGUUGAAGCAGGACAUCUGGGGAUGAAGCUGGUUGUUUUCAAAGCCCGUGUUGCUCAGAGAACAUGAGGACUAAUCAUCUAGCUGCCGUGUCUCAAGUUGCUUCCUGUUGCCAUAUUUGAGAGGAAAACCUGUACGUUCAGUAAUGCUGAAAAGGGAUUAGAUGAAUGAUGGUUCAAACCAAACAUUGGAGGCUGGAGAUGAGAUUUUGUAACACUGAGAUAUUGUAAAGGUGUGUGAGCAUUACUACCACAAGUGCAUUUUAGAAAAGAAAGUCACAACAUAUCUGAUUUAAUUUUGUUCCUUUAACACUAUUUUUCUCAUCAGUUCCAACUGUGUUUGAUUCACUGAAGUUAAUGCUGUUGUCACUAUUUUGAAGAUGUUUCUUUGUGAAAAAUAAAGUGGUAAAAUGUUAGGGAUAUUUUGUUGUACUUUCACUAAAGUCAAAAUAAAGCAACAGCUUGACUGUAGAGUGAUAGGA